CGGGCCUUCGGCCCUACUCCCUCCCCCUAGGCCCGGAGCCAGCCUGCGUCUGUACCGGUUAAGGCCCUGGACACUCCUUCCACGGUGGAUCGAACCCAGGAGCGCAACAGCACCAACGCCUGCGCUUAAACCAACUGGGCUGCCACAUCCGUGGUAAUGUGUAUGAAACCUAUACUUAGUUCCACCAUUUUCUUCGAGUUCCAACAAUUUUUGUAGUUCCACUUCGAGUUCUAACACUCUUUACUCCAGUUCCAAAUUCGAACAAUCUUCUUUAUGGUAUCUCCAUCUCCAUUUCAUUUUUUUUCUCUAAAAUGGAGUAAAAGUGAAUAUGAAAUAAGGAAUACUCCAACCCAACUUUAUAUCUCACUCCAUAAUGGAAUUUACUCCAUAAAUGGAGUAAUCUAUUUUUUUAUUGUUUAUCACUACAUUAUAGAGUAAGAAAUGGAGUAGGGUUAGAGCAUUUUUACUCCAUAUUGAUUUUUAUUCCAUUUUAGAAGAAAAAAUGGAGUUUUAAGUUGAAGAUGUUUUUAUGCGCAAAACUUACGUAAACAACAGCUUUGGCUAAUUGGCUUCAGUAGUAGGUAUUGUCUCUUUGUAAAAAAAUAUGGGGGACCAUGAUUAGAAUCCACGAAAAUUUCAAUAACUGUUUGUAUACAUGUCUUCAUGUCUUAAAUGACAAGAAAACUGAUCAAUGUGCUUAAUAGAUAAGUCUAGAGUUAAUUUGGUCUGUCACAAAAAAAAAAAAAAAAAAAAAAAAAGAGUUAAUUUGGUCUGGUUAACAAAAGAAACACGUACGUUAUAUGCAAAUUAGUCUUUAAAGCUAUGUGGCUAGACAGAAUAUGAACCCUCAAAACAAGGACUAAUAUAUACCAUCCCUUGGAAGAUUUUGGCAUGCAAAAACCAUAGUGGUACAGCAUAUAUCUUAGUAUGUAAUUGUCCUAUAUACUUUUGAAGAUGAGUACUCUUAAGUUUUAUGCCUUUUUGUUGGUGCUUUGAUGGUUGUAAAUAUCAAAGCUAUGUUUAUCCAAAUAAUGUUAUAGAGAUUACCGUGGGCGAAGUUAUAGAGAUUACCGUGGGCGAAGCUUGAUUCGAAGGCUUUGAAAUGAACGUUGAAGUUUCAAAGACAAUUUGAUUUUGGUAAUGUCCGAGAGAGUUAAAAUUGAUUUUGCGUCUUGAGCAUCAAGUAUCUUAAUUAAUUUUAAUUACCUCUUAGUAACUUUCAAGGGAAAUAAAGGACACUAGGAGACGCAGAAUAGUCACAAAAGGACAACAGAAGAAAGUAUUGGCCAAGAAACGUCUUCUUGAACGUAGUAAUCUGUCUUUUAUGUCAACAAUAUUAUGUGUUGCUUGACGUCAUGUACUACAUCAGUUUGUCUUAUACAUCUUAUAUAAGCCAACGAUCAGUCGAUCACACACCCACAACACAAGCAAAACAAACUUGAAAGUUGAAAUCACUAUGGCUUCCCAAAACUCUCAACAAGUUCAUCCUCCUCUUCACUUUGUUCUCUUCCCUUUCAUGGCUCAGGGCCACAUGAUUCCCAUGGUUGAUAUUGCAAGGCUUCUGGCUCAGCGCGGUGUGACCAUAACAAUUGUCACAACUCCUCACAACGCAGAGAGGUUCAAGAAUGUAUUCGACCGUGCCAUCGAGUCUGGUUUGCCCAUCAACGUAGUGCAUGUGAAGCUUCCAUAUGCAGAAGCUGGGCUGCCAGAAGGAAAAGAGAAUCUCGACUUGCUCGACUCGAUAGAGUUCAGAGUACCUUUCUUUAAAGCAGCUAACAUGCUAGAAGAGCCGGUCCUGAAGCUACUAGAAGAUAUGAAACCUAGACCAAGCUGUCUAGUUUCUUCUUUUUGUUUGCCGUACACAAGUAAAAUCGCCAAGGCGUUCAAUAUACCAAAGAUCGUUUUCCAUGGAUUGUCUUGCUUUUGUCUUUUGUGUAUGCAUGUUUUACGCAACAAUCUUGAGAUCUUGGAGAAUUUAAAGUCUGACAAAGAGUAUUUCUAUGUUCCUAGUUUUCCUGACAGAGUUCAAUUCACAAAGCCUCAAUUCCCUGUGAGCACCAAUGAAAAGGGAGGUUGGACGGACAUCUUGGACGCAAUGAUAGAAGCAGAUAACACAUCUUACGGUGUAAUCACCAACACAUUUCAGGAGUUGGAACCUGCUUAUGUCAAAGAGUACAAAGACGCUAGAGAUGGAAAAGUAUGGUCAAUUGGACCUGUUUCCUUGUGCAACAAGAUAGAAGACAAAGCUGAGAGGGGAAACAAGGCGGUUAUUGGCCAAGAAGAGUGUAUCAAGUGGCUUGAUUCUAAAGAAAAAGGGUCGGUGAUAUAUGUUUGCCUUGGAAGUAUCUGCAAUCUUCCUCUCUCUCAGCUCAAGGAGCUAGGGCUAGGUCUAGAGAAAUCUAAAAGACCUUUCAUUUGGGUCAUUAGAGGUUGGGAAAAGUAUAAUAAGAUCGCUGAGUGGUUAUUAGAGAGCGGUUUUGAAGAAAGGGUCAAAGAGAGAGGGCUUCUCAUAAAAGGAUGGGCACCUCAAGUGCUUAUCCUUUCACAUCCUUCUGUUGGAGGAUUCUUGACACAUUGUGGAUGGAACUCAACUCUAGAAGGAAUCACCUCGGGUGUUCCAUUGCUCACAUGGCCAUUGUUUGGAGAUCAGUUUUGUAACCAGAAGCUGAUCGUGCAAGUUCUUAAAGUCGGUGUAGGAGCUGGGAUUGAAGAGGUAAUGAAAUGGGGCGAAGAGGAGAAGAUAGGAGUAUUGGUGGAUAAUGAGGGAGUGAAGAAGGCAGUGGAAGAGUUGAUGGGUGAUGGUGAUGAUGCUGAGGAGAGAAGAAGAAGAGCCAAAGAGCUUGGAGAAUUAGCUCACAGAGCUGUGGAGGAUGAAGGAGGCUCUUCUCAUUCUAACAUCACACUCCUCUUACAAGACAUAUCGCAGUUGGCACAAUCCAAGAAUUAAUUACAUCAUUUACAAAAAUACUUGCUUAAAGUUAUUAAAAUAAAUGUUACCAUUAAUGUUUUUGUUAAGUAAACUUUAAUUUAUCAUUCCUCUAAUGUAUUUUAUCAUAGAAAAAAAAACAAUAAAUUUUAAAAA